CAACAACUACGGUGUCUAGAUUUUCAAUCAAGAAAAAAAAAUAUAAUUUAUACUUUUACCCACAAAUGUUCACGUGUUUUUUAUGAAUUUAUCACUUAUUGUGACACGUAAGAUGAUGACAUAGAUUAUUAAAAUUAAGAACUGAUAAUAAUUUAGAAUUUACGAUAAAAUUAUUUUUAUCUAAUCUUAAUUCUUUUAAAAUGAAAGCUGCUAUGACGAUUUUUGUCACCGUUGGAACUACAAAAUUUGAUAAAUUAAUAGAAACUGUUAUGAAAGAUGAUAUUUUAAUGGAACUAAAUAAAAGAGGAUAUAGCUAUUUAAUUUUACAAAUUGGUAAUACGAAUUUAAUGCCAGAUUGUACUCCAAGAUGUGGUUUUAAUAAUAUUGAAAUGUUUAAUUUGAAACCGUCAAUCAACGAAUACAUGAAAUCCGCAGAUUUAAUAAUUAGUCAUGCUGGUGCUGGCAGCUGUUUAGAAGCUUUAGAGGCAAAUAAACCACUUAUUGUUGUGACAAAUGAUUUAUUAAUGGAUAAUCAUCAAUCAGAACUUGCUGAACAAUUACACAAAGACAAACAUUUGUUCCAAUGCACAUGUGAUACACUUUUACAAGUCUGUAAAACAAUGCAUUUAUCACAAUUGGAAAAAUUUGUAGAUGAUAAAAGCCCAAAGAUUGCCAAGAUAAUUGACGACAUAAUGGGUUUCUCAUAACAUUC